CCACAACUCUCCAGUCCCGUCCAGCAGCAGACAUCAACAAGAGAGCGGUUUUACUGAUGCGGCUUCAUCUCCCGAGUUCUCCUCCUCAUCUACUUCCACAACAACACCAAGAUGUUUGGCUUCCACAAGCCGAAAAUGUACAGGAGUUUGGAUGGAUGCUGCAUCUGCCGCGCAAAGUCGUCCAGCUCUCGGUUCACUGACAGUAAACGCUACGAAAAAGACUUCCGCAGCUGUUUUGGUCUGAGUGAAACACGGUCUGGAGACAUCUGCAACGCCUGCGUUCUGCUGGUGAAGAGGUGGAAAAAACUACCAGUGGGAACCAAGAAGAAUUGGAACCAUGUGGUGGAUGCCAGGGGAGGUCCCAGUCUGAAGAUCACCUCUAGACCCAAGAAGCUAAAGACCAUCUCCAAGAAGGCCCGUCCAAGCCAGAUCAGCCGCCUGCAGAGGGAGCUGAAGAGAAUUAACUCUGACGCCCACAGCACCACCUCCAGUGCGUCUCCAGCUCAGUCGCCCAGCUACAGCAACCUGUCCGAUGACGGUUCUGACACAGAGCUCAGCCGUGGAUCCAGCCGCACACCCGUCUUCUCCUUUCUGGACCUCACCUACUGGAAGAGGCAGAAAGUUUGCUGUGGAAUCAUCUAUAAAGGCCGUUUUGGGGAGGUGCUCAUUGACCCACACUUAUUCAAACCCUGCUGCCGUAAGAAGCAACAGCAGCAGCAGCAGCAGGAGCAACAGCAGCAACAGCAGCACGAGGACGACGAAGACGAGGAGGACGAAGACGAGGAAGAAGACGCGGAGGAGAACCAGGAGAAGAUCCAGGAGACGGCCGAGCAGACGUCCACUUACAUGCCGCAGGCCGAGACUCCCCAACUUUGUGUUACCAUGACAACAGGUGCGAGCAGAGUGAUGGCGGAGGAGGAGGUGUGGUGAAGUCUUUCCUGAAUCUGUUUACUCUACGGCACUUAAAAAAAAACAGAUGUUGCCUCUUAUGGCCUUCAAUCAUGAAGAAGUUUGGGAUGAUGCUGGAAGUGUUUUUUUUUUUUUGUUCCUAUUUCUCACAUGGCAGCAUUAUAAGGUCUUCUGCUAUAUUCAGUACUCAAGGGGUCUCUUUGUUAAGGCUGCUAAAUCUUUUCAAUGUCAGUUUAGCUGUUCACUAUUGAUCAUGCUAGUACAACUGACUCUAAAUAUGACACUAAUACACAAUAGUUAUUUAAUUUAAAUAAUUACAUUAAAAUAAAGGAGCAUAUGAUAAAAUAACUAUGCAUUAAAAUGCAUUUAAGUUGCGUUUUAUUGCCUAUUUUAUUUUGAAUUUUGGUAACUUCAAUCAGUAGCAAUACAUGGAUAUAGCUUUUUUUUUCCUACAAAUUCAAAGCUACGACUGGUGCUAUAAACCUUUACAAAGGGGCCCUAUGUGUUACAAAUACUCUUACUGUUUAGAUGUUUAGAUGGAGGACCAUCAGCUGUAAUAAUUUUGGUUGAAUGCUGGAAUAAUAUGCUGGAGUUAUUUAAAUUUACAACACUUAAACAUCUGCACUGACACAAAACAAGGUGCUACGCAAUAACUUCACGUUUUCACAGGUAAAACAUCAACAUGGUGGAUUUUAUUUAAGAAUAUAAUAUCACUAUUACUCUAAUACUAUAUAGCGCUUCUGUUUUGAGGGUAUUUAUGUCUGAAUCUGGGGAGAGAAUGAAGCUCUGCAGCGACAGAGUACAAGAGCUCCUGUGUUUUAGUUUGUGUUCGUAGACCGAUGUUGCAUCUGUGUGUGUGUGUAUAUAUAUAAAUGGAUCCCCUUCUUAAAAAGGCCUAUUCACAGCUUCAACAGCAAAUACACCAGCCUUAAUAAUGUGUUACAGACAGCGCUAGUGUUAAUUCUGGAUUUGGAAAUAAGGGAUAAAAAGGGACGGUAGCUCUAUUCAUUGUGGCCUCAGCGACACGUAGUGCAUUUUUCGCAUGAAUGGCAAGUCCACUCAUCCAAUAAAAAGUGAUCUGAUGCAUGGGUCUUACUAAAUUGCAUGGCCUUAUACAAACUGUUAAAUUGUACUUUUAUUUUUUUGGAUCCGUUUUUUUAGGAGCUUUUAACUUAUUUUUAUAUGUAAAAAUAAAAAGAAUAAAAAUGUCUUUGCAUAUUAAUACCACAAAAUAUGACAGUGAAACAUACAAUCGGUCUAUGGUCACUCAGCAAUAUUGACAUCAGUAAUAAUCAUCACUCCCGGUCAGUAUAUAGUAAAAACAAAUCUUUAUACUUGCUUAAAUGAUACGCCAAUGCCUCUUAUAUACCACAAAUGUGUUGUGAUAUAUAGUCUAUCAUGAUUUUAUUAUCAAACGAACGCCAAAGCACAUUGAAAUUCACCUGAUAUCAUGCGCUCAGUGCAAGUUUCUGCUUGUCCCAGGUUUGUUUGUCGCAAGCAACACUUAUAUUCAUUUGUGUCUUGUUGUUUUCGGGUCCAAUGGGUGCGUUAUGUACAUAGUGGGGUGGGCGAGUCACUUGGCUCUAAUGUGGGUUCCAUUAUUUAUUUAAUUCAUAUUUAUUUGUAUCACUGCGCCCCUGCUUAGAAAUGUAACACUAUGAAUCCUCUCCGUCUGAAGUCAAAGCAGGUUCCGUGCGUCAGAAAUCAACUUUGAAUCAUUGGUUGUCAAUAUUUGUGAAGUGCUGUUAAAUAUUUAUUUAUUCAUUCAUCACUUGAGUUGUGUGCAGCCUAACUUAUUCUCUGCCGUUGUUUUUAGAAUUGUAGACUGAAAUGACUGAUGAUUGCAACCAACUGUACCUUCUUCUCUUUCCGCCGGUAGCGUAGAUCUUUUCCAAGACUCGUAGGAAACCAAACUGUAGACUUGCAUGAAACGUCGCUAUGCAUUUACUUUGCUUACCAGUUAGACAAAGCUGUUUUUGUAUUUUUUAUACAUCAUGUACAUUUUUUUUUUACUGUUCCAUUAAUAAAAGUACUUUUGUGAAUU